GGUGGUCCCUGCAGCAAAACUUCUGUUAAUUCGCUCCCCCGCCCUUCAUCUCCCGCCAGAAUAAUCUGUAGCCUCCCCCUAGCGAUUUCCCUCCCCCAAUUUUCCCCUCCUGCUCUGAGGACUGACUCGGCCCCUUCCGGAAACACCCGAAGCGACUUCUAGUCAACACGUUACACUUCACACGCCACCAACCCUGUCCAACGUCUUUGGGAGUCGACCCCUUGGGUUCAAGAGAGGUCUUCGGAGAGAGUGGUUUGAGAGGGGCACUCCUGCUUAGUUCCGAUUCUCCCCGCCCAAGUUUUUCUUCACUCCCUCACCCCUAGCGUUUGGAGGCACCCACAUCCAGGGACGAGGAAGUGGGCGGAGCCCGGUUUUGGCGCCAGGCGCUGCAGCUGCGAAACAGAAACGCCUCCGUCUAGAAGCUCGGUCACUGUCCUCGCCCCUACUUCCCUCUCCCUCCCCUCCGGGGGCCACCAGGCGCCACGCCGCGAACGUAAUAGCUCUUCAAGUCUGCAAUAAAAAAUGGCCUCCAAUAAAACUACAUUGCAAAAAAUGGGAAAGAAACAGAAUGGAAAGAGUAAAAAAGUAGAAGAGGCAGAGCCUGAAGAAUUUGUGGUGGAAAAAGUACUGGACCGACGUGUAGUGAAUGGGAAGGUGGAGUAUUUCCUGAAGUGGAAGGGAUUUACAGAUGCUGACAAUACUUGGGAACCUGAAGAAAAUUUAGAUUGUCCAGAGUUAAUUGAAGCGUUUCUUAAUUCUCAAAAAGCUGGUAAAGAAAAAGAUGGCACAAAAAGAAAAUCUUUAUCUGACAGUGAAUCUGAUGAUAGCAAAUCCAAGAAGAAAAGAGAUGCUGCUGAUAAACCAAGAGGCUUUGCCAGAGGUCUUGAUCCUGAACGAAUAAUUGGUGCCACAGACAGCAGUGGAGAAUUAAUGUUUCUCAUGAAAUGGAAAGAUUCAGAUGAGGCAGACUUGGUGCUGGCAAAAGAGGCAAAUAUGAAGUGUCCUCAGAUUGUAAUUGCUUUUUAUGAAGAGAGACUAACUUGGCAUUCUUGUCCGGAAGAUGAAGCUCAAUAAUUGUUUGUGUUGCUUUUUAUAUAUAUUUAUAUAUAUAUAUAAAAUCUGGGUCUUGGUUUUUUGGUUUAUUAGUGUGAAAAAAUAACAUUCUAAUGAAAAUCAAGUUUGAUAUGUUUGUUUUGAAGUAGUAUUGGGGGAGUUGUUGGGGUUUUUUGCAUCUAUAGCACUGGUUACUUUGAACAAAUAAAAGCUUUCUGUAGUUGCUUCCUUUAUCAAAGAAGAAUAUUUGAGACCAUGGUAUAUUAUUCCCCUGCUUUAGAGAACACCUUUUCUAAAUGUUGGGGGAAAUCUUCAUAGUUGUUCUUCAAUCAGAAUUUGUGUUUAACUCCUAUAUGCCUAAGGACCAUUCUGGGUUUUUUGUUUAUUUGGGGGUUUUUUUGUGUAUAUACUUAAAAUACAUACGUAAAUCGUUUUCUUUCUUUUUUUUUUUUUUUAACAUUCCCCAAAAUAAAAACAGCAUUUUAUAACCAUGGAUAAGCCCACGUUUCUGGGAUGCCAUCAUUUUUAGCAACCUAAGAAAUCACUUAAAUUGAAAGUUUUCCUGAAGCCUUAACCUUUCAAAUUUUGUAAUUAAUUGGGCUUACAUAUAACGUAAGCAAUUUAAAUUGGACAAUUUGAAAGCAGCCGUAACAGAAUCCAUGUCUGCAGUCACACAAAUGCAAGUUUGUUUGCAAGAUUCCUGAAAGGAAAAUUUUAUCACUACCAAUAACCUCCCCACCCAAAUGAAAAAAACCAGACAAGUCCUGGUAUGUUUUAAUUAGGUAAGCAAAACUUAGUGGACAUUUAAAGGUUCCUUCUGGUGAACCAUUCCCUUUGAAGAAGUUGAAAUCCCUGUGCUGCACUGACUAAAAGGUCAUGAUUCAUGGAAUGUUUAAAACUUGUUCAUGGAAACCUGAUCAUAAUCAGAUGGUUAGAGAUGUUGGCAAUUUAGCACCUGCUGGAAUAAAUGGGGGGACAGACCUCUGUAAUCUAAAUUGUUGACCUGCAUGUUUUUUCUUUACCCCAACUCAUUCCUUACAUGUAGGCUCAAUCUUCUCAGUAUUUGAGUUACUGGUUCAGCAGAAACCAGGAAAAACAAUAACUUUGUAGUCAGAAUGUUAUCCAACUGUAUAUUAUUUACUUUAUUGUAAAUACUGGUAAACAGUGGUCAAUAAAUAGUUUUAUAUUCCUUUA